AAACAUCAUGGCGACACGGUUAGCAACACAGCGUAAUUUUAUAACCGUUAUUCCCGCGCCUACCGGUAGCUCAGCUGCAGCUUCCGUUACAAUCGAGCAAGCCGAGAAAGGUGCUGUAGUACAAAAAACCGCCACUGAACCCGCUGACUCGGGGAACACCACCAACGGCGCUAUAUCUACGGCACCAGAGGUGACGACAGUGAGUGUAGCGAGCUCGGUCUCAGGCAUGGCCUCGAGACCAUCCAGCUCGUCGCAACUAUCCACGAUCGCCAUCGCUGGUGGGUUAAAGAAUGGCAGUGCAAAGGGAACACUCAUGUCGACAAAUCUGCUGACAAAUAAUGCUAACAUUAUGAACCUUCUCGGUAACGCGAACGGACUUUCGCUGCAGCAAAUCAUUCAGCAGAAAAAAAUUGUGAUAAAUUCGAACGGAACCCUGAUCGACCUCGUUCCCUUAAACGAUGAUAAUGAAGGUGUCGAGGCAAAGGGUGACAACGAGAAGCUGUUGGAAGGCCCGACCGCAAACGAGAGCGUGGAGAGUGGUAACUCUUCGGAAGCAACUGUUGAUGAGUCAACGCAUGUGACAGCGCAGGUAGCGGUCGUUCAAAGCCAAAGUCCUGGAGAUGGUACACCGCAGUACAUAACUGUGACUGUUUCGUCGCCCGAGAGUGUGCCGAACCAUCACACGUACGUACAGUAUGUGGACUCCGAAAUGUACAACACUUCCGGCCAGGGACAGACACAGAUGACAUAUCCCGUAUAUUCCGUUGGAGAUUAUGGCACCAACGGACAGCAACAACAGCAGCAACAACAACAAUAUUAUGCUACGGCUGGCAGCUACGGUACGGCGGGAACUGGCAACGGUAACGCUCACACCGAUGCGACCGGUACCGGCAAUGGCACCGCAAACGGUUCAGGCACCUCCGGAACUGGGCCCAACACUGUCAACGCUAACGGGACCGUAUCGUCCGGCAAUGGUGGGGCUGGUGGUUCCGCUGGCGGUAACGCUAAUCAACAACAGUACAUUGUCCCAGUGGACGAGGCGGUCCUUCUCGGGUCCGGGAACACAUCCGGAACGCAACAGCAGUCCGACUCGUCACCACAAAACAUGACGGACGUAGCGUCCUACCUGCACGCGCACCAAACUGCAUCCGUCGGUCAGGAGCUCGAUUCCACGCCCAACCUGACCCACGCUGCCCGUGUUCUGCCCGCCACGGUGAACUGGUUGAUGGAAAACUAUGAAACGGCGGAUGGCGUUAGCUUGCCACGGUCGACGCUGUACAACCACUACAUGUGGCACUGCAACGAGAACAAGCUGGACGCGGUAAAUGCGGCCAGCUUCGGUAAACUGAUCCGGUCGGUGUUUAGCGGGUUGCGGACGCGCCGGCUGGGUACGCGUGGUAACAGCAAGUAUCACUACUACGGAAUCCGCAUUAAACCCACAUCGCCGCUGGUGCAUGCCAUCGAGUGUAAACCGCAGCACGGCGGGUCCAGUGUUGGUGGGCUGAUGGUUGGCCAUCAUCAACAGCUGACCGGUAGUAAUGGGCUUGGCGGGGGUGGGGGUGCUGGUGGUACAGCUGGUGGAAACGGUGGGAUGCAUGGCCAUGGUGGUGGUGGCAAUCACGCCAAUGGUAUACAUGCAACCAACGGCGGUACCAUGGGCCAUGCUGGUGGUGGAGCAGGUGGACAUUUACAGCAUGGUGCUGGGGGUGGAAAUGGAGGCGGAGGAGGAGGAGGAAGCACCGGGCACGGUAUGUCGAUGCACCAUGGGCGAAGUGGCAAGAAAAACAGCUUCAAGGCAGAAAUGCCCGAAUCCUGUGCACAGUAUCUCGGUGACCCAAACGGUGCCAUACCGCAGUUCCCGAUCAUUGAUAUGAUACACCCACUGCCGGACGAUAUUACGAUGGAGGACGUCGAUACGUUGCGCUCGAUCUAUCGCGAACACUGUGAAGCGUUUCUGGACGCCAUCUUGAACCUGGACUUUAACAUGAUCGAAUCGCUGUGGCGCGAGUUUUGGCGCGCAGAAAACAACAACAACAACGGGGACGAAUGCGAAGAGGAGAAGUAUCUCAGCAAGCAGAAGCUGUACCUGCUGACGCAGUGCGAACCGAUCCAGGAGUUUGUGAAGCAUGUCGAUAUGCAGUUCUACCAGAGCAUGGUGGAUGUGCUGAUACCGGACGUGUUGCGACCAAUCCCAACCGGUUUAACGCAGGCGAUUCGCAACUUUGCGAAGAAUCUGGAAAGUUGGCUAACGUCCGCGAUGGGCGGAUGUCCGGAGCCGAUUGUUGCGAUCAAACUUACCGCGGUGGCUGCAUUCGGCCAAACGUUACGCCGCUACACCUCGCUCAAUCACCUUGCCCAGGCGGCACGUGCCGUACUGCAGAACGGUACCCAGAUCGCACAGAUGCUGAGCGACCUAAACCGGGUGGACUUUCGGAACGUCCAAGAGCAGGCCUCCUGGAUAUGUCAGUGCGAUACUGCGAUCGUGCAGCGGUUGGAGAACGACUUUAAGGCGGCCCUACAGCAGCAAAACACGCUCGAGCAGUGGGCCGGCUGGUUGCAGAAUGUGGUUGACGAUGCGUUGCAGGAGUACCGGGGUAAACCGAGUUUCGUGAAUGCGGCGCGCCAGUUCCUGCUCAAGUGGAGCUUUUACAGCUCGAUGGUGAUUCGAGAUUUGACGCUACGCUCGGCAGGUAGCUUUGGAAGCUUUCAUCUGAUUCGGCUGCUGUACGACGAGUAUAUGUUUUUCAUCAUCGAGCAUAAGGUAGCCAAGGCGACCAACACAACACCGAUUGCGGUAAUGGGUGAGAAAACAAAUUCCCGUCCCGUGCAAGACGAUCUCGAUCGUGUGCUCUACAACAGCGAGUACGGUAUGGUGAACGUUAAGCUGGAACCGAGCGCCAAACGGAUGCGCAGUUAGUCAAUUAAACGCGAAACCUUGUCCGCUGCUGUACUGUAACGCUCCACGGAUUGGCACCAAUUGAAGCAUUCCUUCU